AACAGCGCACCAGAUCAAGCACCAGACCAAACAAUCCCCCAACCCUAGGGUUCCCGUCAAGCGAAUCGGAAGAUCAAGAAAAGUCGCCAUGGCGUCGCGGCCGUCGCUGAAGCCGAAGCCGAGGGGCAAGGGCGGGAAGAGGGGAUCGGCCGCGGCCGACGACGAGCAGUCCACCAUGGCGGUGGCGGUGCGGCACGCCAAGGAGUGGAGCACGAUGACGAUGAAGGCGGCCAAGGUGGCGGCGCACUGGGGCUUCAUCCCGCUCAUCAUCGUCGUCGGCAUGACCUCGGGAGAUCCCAAGCCCUCUCUGUUCUCUCUUCUCUCCCCCGUCUGAUCCGGUACCCGGCGGGGUCGAGAUUGGAUCGAUCCAUCUCGUUUUAGUAGAUUAUAUAAGUAGGUGUUCUUGCUGUUUCUUGGAUCGUGGUGGCUGAGUUGUUAAUCCCCAUACGGGGAUAUUAGAUGUCUUCUAUGUGGGUCUAAUAAUGUCAUGUGAUCGGAUCGAUCCUGGAUUGGAUCGAAUCUGGCUACAAACCCUAUGGAUCUUCUAUUAAUAUUAUGGUGUGUUGAACUA